UACUGGUCGUAGCACUAGGGCCAAUGCUGCUAGUACCAGCACUAGGCCAAACUACUAGUAGUACUACUACUAGCAGCGCGGCCCGUCCACUGAGCGCGCUUCAUUCAUAACACACAGUUCGCUCUCCAACAAUAUUUUCAGUCCGCAUCAUGCCCCACAGAUGCUCCGAGCAUGAGAAUGGGCACGGGCAUGGGCAUGAGCCUGACAUGCCGCGCCAUCACGAGUUGCGCUUCACGCCCAACGGAUGCCCCGUCCCUCCCCCCUCCGCCCGCCGGUCCCUCUUCCUGCCCAUUAGCACUGGCCCAAGCCCAGCCGUCGGCCCUGGAACCAGCCCCGGCUCUGGGUUCAGCCUUGACCACCUGAGCUCCUCCGAAGCAAAGGGUCAGGCUCGGCCAGGCCUGAGUCGGACUCGCUCUUGCCUAAGUCGAAGCAUGAUGAUGUCAGCAAGCAGUGGCGCCUGCAGCAAUAGCAGCCGCCGCAGCCACACGGAGCAGCAGCAGCAGCAGCAGAAGCCCCCGCAGUGGCCGCCACCGCAGCAGCAUCUGUCACAGCAGCAACAGCAUCAACCGCAGCAGCAGCCCUUACAGCAGCCGCCGCCACUGCAGCAUCUGUUGCAGCAGCAGCAGCAGCGUCGCAUGCCGCGCCGUCACUAUCUGCGGUUCAUGCCCCACAGAUCCUCCGAGCAUGAGACACCGUGCCAUCACGAGUUGCGCUUCACGCCCAACGGAUGCCCCGUCCCUCCCCCCUCCGUCCGCCGGUCCCUCUCCCUGCCCAUUAGCACUGGCCCAAGCCCAGCCGUCAGCCCUGGAACCAGCCCCGGCUCUGGGUUCAGCCUGGACCACCUUAGCUCCUCCGAGGCAAAGGGUCAGGCUCGGCCGGGCCUGAGUCGAACACGCUCGUUCCUCAGUCGAAGCAUGAUGGUGUCAGCAAGCAGUGGCGCCUGCGGCAAUAGCAGCCGCCACAGCCACAAGGAGGAGGAGGAGCAGCAGCAGCAGCAGCAGCAGCAGCAGCAGCAUCAGUCGCAGCAAGAUCAGCAGCAGCGGUGGCUGCAGCGGCCGCCACCACAGCAGCAUCACUCGCAGCAGCAGCAGAGUUGCAUGCCACGCCGUCACUAUCUGCGCAUUAUGCCCCACAGAUGCUCCGAGCCUGAGCCCACCGGAUGCCCCGUCCCUCCCCCCUCCGCCCGCCACUCCCCCUCCCAUCCCACCUCCACCUGCACUGCCUCCCUGCCUCGCCCUGGCCUCGCGCUCAAAUCCCCUACCUCGUCCGUUCCCUCCGUUCAUUCCUCUCUGUCCACCUCCCCUCCGUUCACCUCCUCCUCUCCAUUCACCACCUCCCCUUCUGCUUUUGCCGGCCCUGCUGCUGCUCCGGCCUCUUUUCAUUCGUCCUCCGUUUUCCCCACUCAUUCCUCUCCUGCUUUCUCCACUCAUUCCCCUCCUACUUUCACCGCCUUUAACCGAUCCCCGCCCCCCGCCUCUGCGCUCGCGGCUGCUGCCUCUGCAACUUUCCAAUCCUCCCCCGUGCCAUUUCCCCCUCGCUCCCCUACCUUCCCCUCCACUAGCUCUUCCCACGCCCAUCCUUCACCAUCAAUCGCUGCAUCUCCCAGGCGUAUGCUCGUCCGGCAACACACGGAACCUACCCUGCGCCCGAACCUGCCCCAUGGCACUGGCCUGAACCGCGCCGUUAGCCUUGGAACCAGCCCAGGAUACAGCUCUGGCUUCAACCCAGGCCAGCUGAGCUUUCCCGAACCAAAGGGUCACGCUCGGCCGGACCUGAUUCGGACACGCUCUUGCCUAAGUCGGAGCAGGUCUGGUUGCAGUAACAACUCAGCAGGGGAAACGCCAACGCACGUUCGGCGCGUGUCUUUCAACAGCCUUGUGCGCGUGAGGUGGUUCAUUGACUCCCCCCCUCAUGCUGACAGCUGCUGCUGCAGUGGCAAUAACGUGUGGCGCUCUGAUGCUCUCAACCGACACCGGAGCUGCAGCGAGCGCAGCGCCUGCAACAACAGCACCCGCCGCAGCCACAGCGAGCAGCAGCAGCCGCAGCAGACCGGACACCAUGACGCCUAUUCCACCCCACCUGCAUCGUUCACCACCACGGGUCACCCUCCAGUCCCCAUGCGCCCUUUCUCCUCCUCCCCCUCCUCUCAGCUCCCCUCCUCCCCCUCUCUCCCUCCCACCGUUGACCCCUAUUUCCAUGUCAAGCCACACCCCCCGCCUCCCCGCAAUUCCUCCCAUCCCUCCUCCCUCCCCUCGGUGUCCCCUCCCUCACCCUCCUCCCCCCUUUUCCCCCCCUUCCCUGCUUCCCCCCCUCCCCACGCCCGCACUGGCAUGCCCCCCUCCCCCGCGGCCAGAAGGCUGAUGUCGCAGCUGAGAGCAGCGGCAGCCAGCAGCAGCAGAAGCAGCAGCAGCAGCAGAUUGGACCCCCUGUCUCCUACAUCGCCGCAUGCUUCAACUGUCACCCUCCUCCCUCCGUACACUCCCCCUAUUCCUCCGCCGCCCCCUCCCCUCUCUGCCCCCCAUUCCUCCCUCCCAACGGGCGCACUGGCAUGCCCUGCUCCCGUGCGGCACGAAGGCUGAUGGCACAGCUGAGAGCAGCGGUAGUAGCAAGGCAGCGCAGGGUGGAGGCUGUGGGUGCGGCGUGAGUCGUUGCAUACAAAACGUCCUUUUUGGUGCAUUAAGUAUAGAAUAUGGUUGAAUAUGGGCUGACUGCUUCUUCAUAUUGUACGCAACUGGUAAAUCUGAGCAAG